AUGACUGCAAUUUACAUCAGUGGAGGUGUGUCUGGAGGUCAUCUCAGUCCUGCAAUCACCAUCAUGUUCUACAUCUUCCGUGGCUUCCCGAAAAAGAAGAUACUUGUGUACAUCUUCGCCCAAUUGCUUGGAGCAUACAUCGGUUCACUCGUCGCGUAUGGCGUAUACCGAAAUUGUAUACUCAAUUACCUGGGCUCUAAGCCGGACCAGAUGACACAGGUCUACAACUCAUUUGUCACGAACCGCAUAGAAGGCGUGGCGGAUGCUGCCUCGGGCUUUCUGACAGAGUUUGUUGCUACAGCAUUCAUGAGUAUUGCUGUACUGGCUUCUGGUGACGACAGCAACGCACCUCCUGGAGCGGGAAUGAAUGCGUUCAUUCUGGGUCUCGUCGUCAGUAUCUUGACUAUGGCUUUCUCGGCCAGUACGGGCGCCGCGAUCAAUCCUGCUCGCGAUAUGGGACCUCGCCUAGCGUUGAUUACAGUUGGCUUCGAUAGACAUGAACUGUUUGGAGACGGCUGGUGGGUGUAUGGUGCUUGGUGUGCUCCGAUCACCGGUGCCAUUGUCGGCGCAAUACUCUACGAUGCUGCAAUCUUUGUAGGAGGUGAAUCGCCUGUCAACUAUCCUUCACAAAGCGUCAAACGAGCUGGGAGGAAGGCCAAGGCGAGGUGGAGGCAUAGGUUCACACGCAAGGGGAGAUAG